AUGGGAAUAGCGGACUCCAUUGUGCAGACAUAUGCCUACUGGAUAAUGGGACCCAUUGCUAACACGCCCAAUGUGUUGUCACGAUAUGCUGGUUGCUACAAGGGUGUGCAGUCUCUGGGUGCCAUGUUCUCGUGGAUGCUCGAGUGGCAACUAGUAGCGUACAAGAUUCAGUUGCUGGUGUGCAUUGGUUUGGCUAUCGCGUUCAUUCCCCCUACUAUGAUGGUUGCUAUGAUGGUCAAGGAUCGUGGAGCUGAAGAUGAUGAUGAUGACGAUGCCGAGGAAAGGACGAAAAGCUCCGAAGGCCUGGAUAAAUAUUUUUGA